UCAACCCCUCCCCAUUUAGCCCAACGUGGCACCCGUUGCCUAGCAACGCAAUGUCAACCUCCUUUUCCAAAACACCAAACUCACAGUCUGGUUCCUGUGGUUGACAGGCUACAGAAUGGGAAAGAAAGUGAAGAAAGAGAGCGAAACUCCAUGCAAGGAGACGUUUGACCCACUGCCUGUUGAAGGUAAAACCCCAGCAACAGUAGUACUUCUGCUGAGCUCUCCAGAGGAGGACAUUCUCAUCAAAGCUUGUGAAGCGAUCCACACAUUUGCAGAGAAAGGAGAUGAGAACAAGGUUUCUCUGCUGGGACUUGGGGCAUUGGAGCCUCUCUGUCAGCUCAUCACUCACAACAAUAAGCUGGUCAGACGCAACGCCUUCAUGGCCCUGGGCAUCAUGGCCACCAACAGUGAUGUAAAGACUGCCCUGAAGAAGAUAGACAUCAUUCCAUCAAUCAUUGACAAACUGUCACUUGAAGAAGAUAUAGUUGUCCAUGAGUUUGCGACACUGUGCUUGGCCUCUCUGUCAGUGGAUUUCGUCUGUAAGGUCAAGAUCUUUGACAACAAAGGCCUGCCACCUCUAAUCCAGCUGCUUUCCAGUCCAGACCCAGAUGUUGAGAAGAACUCACUAGAGACCAUCUUCUACCUGGUUCAGGACUACCAAAGUCGCCUGGCAGUGCAUGAGUUGGGUGGGAUCCCUCCAAUUCUGGAACUGUUGAAGUCGGACUUUCUCGUCAUUCAGCAUUUGGCUUUAAAGACACUGCAGAAUAUCACCACUGAUAAAGAUACACGCAACACCUUCAGGGAAGAGCAGGGAUUUGAGAAACUCAUGGAUAUCCUCAAUAACAAGGACUUCACUGACCUUCAUGCUGAGGCCUUACAGGUAGUUGCUAACUGUCUGAUUGACAGUGAGAGUUUCCAGCUGAUCCACAAGGGUGGAGGACUGACUAGAUUGAUGGAGUUUGUUCUCACUCCCACUGCUCCUGAAAUCCAAUCCAACACUGUUAAAUGCAUCGCCAGAGUUGCUAAGAGCUCCGAGAAUCGCAAACUGCUCCAUGAGCAGGAUGUCGAGAAGGUUCUGGUAGAGCUUCUGUCUGUGCCGAACGACAGCGUGAAAACAGCUACCUGCCAGGCUGUGGCCGCCAUGAGCUUCCUCCUUGCCAGCAAAGACAGCUUCAGAGAGCUGGGUGGUAUCCCUGCAGUGGUACAGGCGCUGAGCAGUGAGAGUUUGGCGUUGAGAGAGGCAGCAUCCCAGGCCCUCUCUAACCUCACACACAGCAACAAGCUCAACGCCUUUGAAGUAUAUGAGGCUGGAGGUCAUGAGUUCCUUGUUCAGCAGCUCCAGGACAGCUGUCCCAGGACGGUGGCCAGUGCUGCUGCCACGCUUGGUAACAUGGCAGGACAGGAAGUCAUCCGCUGCAGCAUCUUGUCAUAUGGAGCCAUACGGGCGCUGGUUGAGCCUUUAAAAUCCACAGAUACACAGGUCCUGGUCAACGCCACACUGUGCUUGGCUGUGCUAGUGUGUGAUGUGGAUGCUAAGACAGAGCUACAAAGUGCUGGAGGUCUUUACCCGCUGGUCAAUUUGCUGCGCUCCUAUCAUAAGGAAGUGUUGCGCAACACAUGCUUGACAAUCAAUGUCUGUGCCAGUGAUGAGCCCAAUGCUGUGGAGAUGUGCAAAUAUGGAGCCCUGGAAAUGCUUCAGGAAAUCAACCAGUCUGUGAAUCGUAGGAGCAGGUUCAGUGAGCUGGCCAUGAUCAGUCUGCUUAACUCCAACCUGUCUCUGAAAUACAGCCUGACAGGUUGUUUGGCCUCCACCGACAUUAUUACUGAUUGCUUCUAUGACACCGGGAAGGCUCGUUCAGGUCAGAGGGUUUUGACUUUAGAGGAGCUGUCCAAGCAGCUGGUUAACCGACACCGGCCCAUCAUUGUUGUCAACACAGCAACAGACGAGACAGUGGAUGUGCCAGAAGACAGUCAGAGCAACACAUCAGAAACAGACACCAGCAGCAAGGCAGACCGCAGGACACCAAGGAGGAGGAAGGAGGAUGACAAACAGAAAGAUGAGGCUCUGCCAGAGUCUCCUACAGAGAAACCGUGGAAAAUGAUGAAUGACGUCUCAUUGCAGGAUCUAGUUAAAGAGGCCAAAGAAUCCAUCCUUCCUCUGAAUGAUGAAUGGGAGCAGUAUGCCGCCUUGGCCAGGCUGGUAAGCAAAGCCAUGGGCGGAGCAGUGGAGAUGGAAAAGUUACAUGAAUUCCCAUGGGAGCUGCACCUCAGCGAGCUCAAGUUUGAGCUUCAGUCUAAUGUUGUUCCUAUUGGCAUGAUCGGCAAGGGGAUCUACUGUCACAGGGCACUUCUCUUCAAGUGUCUAGCUGAUUGCAUUGGAAUGAGCUGUACUCUUGUCAGGGGUGAGUACAACAGGGCUUGGAACGAGAUACUCCUCUUCAAAGAGAAUCCCUCUAGCAAUGGGCACUCAUCACAGCCGAGCCGCUUCAUAGUAGACCUCAUGCACCAGCCUGGAAGCCUGCUGAAAGCCAAUACCCCUGCUGCUGUGCAGUACCAAACUAUAUAGACCAACACAGUAGUUAUAGAUAGUAAAUAAGUAAUAGUAAAUAAUAGUAACGCUGUGACCAGACUUUCUACUUACAUUGUAGAGAAUCUAUUUGUAUUGUAUGCAUAUUUUCUGUAUGGCAGACCCUGAAACCACACUAUAAAGUAUGAUUAAAGCUGUUAGUUAAAUGUUAUGGUCCAAAAGGAAAAUGUUGUUCAUGUGUGAAUAAGGCUUCUAUAAUAAACACAUGAUUUAACCUUGGUUAUUCCA